CUGGCAUUAUCAUUAUAUAGAUUAUGUGUUCCAGAUUUAGAUCUAGAAUGAUAAAUAGAUCUAGAUCUAGUCUAGACUGUAGAUAUACUGAGUAUGAUACUCUAAGCUAGAUGUAGGCUAUUGCCAAUAUUGCUAUUCAGUCUGAAAUUAAUAAAAUGUGUUAAAGAUGUCACGUAAUGUUUGUGCUACGUACAGUGCCCAUCCAUAUGGUUCUGCCACUCUUGUUUCUUUAAUUAACAAGAGAUCUAACGUUUACAAAAUAGGACUGGCUGUGUCUUGUGUUAGUUUUGUCAUGUUUUUCUUAGGAGAUGUGGGAAUUCACAGUGUUGUUUCUUCAAGAUCCAUUAUAGCAAAAGUAUUCUUCGUCAUAUGUCUAGCCAGCUAUUUAGUCACUUUGGGUGUGGCUGUACUAGAGAAUUUCAGGAAGGUUAACCCUUAUACCUACUACUCUAGAAAAUUGGAGAUUUCUUUACUAACAACAAGUAUUUUGUGCACUGCUUCUCUCGCCAUCUUACGGGCUACAGCACUUCUUCCAUUUUUCGUCUAUUGGUACACAAUUAUUGGCAUCCUCUCCAUACUAUGGUUAUAUAUUGGCUUUGUCCUUGUUCUCUGCGGAAACAAAAAGCCUUCUGUUGGGUCCACAAUUCAGACAGUACAGUACACUGCUGAACCUCUAGGCCCACAGAAUGUUGCAGUCACUCAUGGUUAUGGUCAGCCCAUGUUUACACACCAAUAUGCUGUCCAGACACAGCCCUUACUAUCUGCAAGUGUAACACCACAAGCUGCUCCUCCCCCUUAUGCCCUGCCACCAUCUUACCCAGCCCCAUAUAUGAACCAAGUCAUCUCUGGAUACACUUAUUUGCCCCCUGCAUCCUACGGUCACCCUUCAGCGCCCUUGCCUCCAGCUUCAUAUGGUCUUCCUUUGGCUCCUUCAGCAAGUGCUCAAGAAUACUCUCACAGUGCAGCCUUAUAUGGACCCUCAGUGUCUGUGCAAAGCAGUCAACAACCUACUCAGAGCUCUUAUGGAGGACCCUCGCCAAGUGUGGCAGUUUACAACCGCCCCCUGCCAAGCGCCCCACACAGUGAGGAUAAAGUCUGAAAUGUUAUUGAAACGACCAGUAGCUUCAAAACUAUAAAGACAAAUACUUACAUUAUUGUAAAUACUAAAAAAUAAUUAGUACAAUGUUUACUUUAAUUAGAGCAAAAAUAGUACUUAAAAAAAAAAAGACAAUAUCACUUUAUACAACUUAUACAGUGAUUACUUUGCUCUUAAUAACUAAUGAAGGAUAGAUUCUUUUUUCACAUUUUUUUACCUCCUCCCCCCUCCCCACCCUGGUUAAGCAAAUGUAUAAAUCUGCUAGAAUUUAUAAUGUUCUAAUGGUAGGCCUUUAGAGACCUAGAAGAUGUUUAAUUUAAUUUAUUUAAGUCUUUAAGGAAUAAGGCCUACAUGUAGAAAUACCCAAAGAUAUAUAGUCUGUUCAAGAUAUAAAAAAAAUUUUGAGUUCUCUAUCCAAGUUUAAAUGAAUGUUUUUAAUACUUUGAACAAUUUUAACACUAAAACUAGAGUGUUCAACUUGAAUAGAGGUAUUGUAAAGGAAAAUAACAUUAGUUAGUGUAUUAAUAGGCUUUGUAUUUGUUUAUUUUCUUUCUUACCUACUAGAUAGUCCAGCCAUUAGAUAUUAUAAAUGAGGUAAUCAUUUUUUGGAUUUUCAAAUGUAAAAAAAAAACAUUAUGACAAAUAUUGGAUGAUAAAGUUGUUUUUGAAUAUUUUGAAAAUUGGCCAUUCAGGGGAUUAGUAUAAUAAGUUUUAAGAGCAGUUUUAUUUCAAAUGUGCAAUAAGAAGUCUGUAAAUAGUUACUUUAAAUGUUGUAGACUUUUUUUUUUUAACAUUUACAAUCAGACAACAUAGAUAAUUAGAUACACUUUUUCUUCAUGAUAUGCUGGUUAUGUAUCAUAAGUUAAUGUCUGUUUUUUUGUGUGUUAAUAUUAUAAUAAACCUCUAAACCAAUUGUUACAAUUUCACAUGCUGGAUAAAAAAAAUGUCAGCAAAAAUUAAAGAAAUAAGAAUGAGUAUUGCAAAUAGAACAACUAGUAGUCCUUGAAUUUGCACAAAUGUCAUGCAAUUGUCCAUUUAUACUCAAACUUUAGAAAACAUUUUAAUAAAUUAGUAAGUAAUCAAUAUUUUUUACUCUUCCCCCCUUCCCUUUUUUUUUUUUAGAAUUAUUUUCUUGAACUAAAAAAAUGGAAAUGCUAGAGUUAGUGCAAAUGAUUUUUGAUUGUGCAUUCUUUAAAAUACAAAAACAGUAUUAAAGCAACAUCUGUAGUUUGAAAAUUUGAUUCUUCACCUUAAAUUAAAUGUGCUCCAUUUAUCUUGAUAUGAAAGUAGAAUUAAAAAAAAAUUUUUUAUACAAAACAUUUUUUAAUAAAAGUUUUUUUUUUAACAUCAUUGGAAAAUUGAUUUAAAUAGUUGAUACUGUAAGACAUUUUUGUAGUUGAGCUUUGACAUGUCCUUAAGUAUUCUUUUGGUGCCACAAAACCUUGAUGUCUUUCCAUAUGUAUUAAUUAACAAAAUUAUUUUUUUUUAUGUAUUAAAUUAAAAGGGUACAUCACAUUGUACACUGUUGUGAUAAGAUUUUUGUUUUGUUUUACCUGUAUGAAUCUCUUCUUUAUAAUCUUUAAUUUUUUAUUGUAAAUAGAAUUUUAAUUAACAUUUGUAUUGUAAGUUACACAAUUAAACUGAAUAGUUGGCAAGUACAUAUAGUGCUUGUAAUCUUGCUGAUGUUAUUUUGUUAAAAUUGUGAGGUACAACACCAUUAAAAUUGAAUAAUAAAAUAAUUUAAAAAAAAAAGGAAACAGAAUUGUAAAUGUCAUUUAAUUGCAGCUUUUAUGUUCAAGUACAGAAACAUUUCAUAGCAACAGCAAAGCUACAUACAAAUCCAAUUUGUAAAUUAAAUCCAUACAAAAACAAGCAAAAGUAAAAAAAUAAAUUAAUGUUUACACUUCAUUCACCAGCUGACUCUUCUUGAAUAGGAUCAUACACUGAUUUAAGUUGUAGUUCCUUAAAUAAACUUUCUUUACUCUCUUCUGACAUUUGCUCAAGUGCUGCAUACCACUCUGAGAAAUCCACAUAGGCUUUGACCUACAGAAAAGUGAUAACACAUCUUCAUUCAAUAAUGGUUGUAAUUCAAACUAUAAACAAUACUCAAAAGUACUUAGUCCCUAUUAAAAUUUAAAAAAAAGGUAUUUUUGUGCUUAUUUAAAGAAAUGCUUUAUGUUUCUUUUAGUUACAUGCUCUUGAUAUAAAAUACAUUUUGAAUGAAUUAUUAUCAUUAAAAAUAAUAUUAUUAUCAUUAAAAAUAAUAAUUUGUAUUCGAUCUGUAAACUAGUUCACUGAUUAAAAAAAAAAAGCCUCUAGGCAUAAGAUUUUUUUUAUACAAUAUCAUAUACUAAUUAAGCCAUUAAAUGUGAAUUU